AUGAGUGAUCAAUUCAAGGAAACCACAUCAAAGUCAACCGACGACUCUAAGCUUCCGCCUGAAGAAGUUGCCAAACGCAUUGGUGAACUUCCAUCAAAAUCUGGGAAGGCUCCUGCUCUUCAGGGUCUUUCUUUGGAAAGUCUCUUUAAGCUUCUUGCAACUGCUAAUGCCACCCCUGAUCCUGAAGAAAAAAACAAACCCAAGCCUAUGGAUGAGUACAAAUUCUGGAAAACCCAGCCUGUAGUCAAGUUUGGCGAAGAAAAAACUGAACAAGAAGGCCCCAUUGACAGUGAAAAGACUGUUGACGAUGUGGCCAAAUCUCCACGCAAACUCCUUCCUAACUUUGAGUGGUGUGUCAUCGACCUGAACGACAAGGCGCAAAUUGAGGAACUUUACAACCUACUGUACAACAACUAUAUUGAAGAUGAUGACAAUACUUUCCGAUUCCAAUACUCUCCGGAAUUUUUGGAGUGGGCACUAAAGCCUCCUGGCUGGCGCUCGGAAUGGAACGUUGGUGUUCGAAUCAAGGACACUGGCAAGCUUGUUGCUUCCAUCACCGGUAUCCCUCAAUUUUUGCGUGUUCGUGAUAAGCCUGCCCAAGAAAUGGCUGAAAUCAAUUUCCUUUGCGUUCAUAAGAAGCUCCGCAACAAGCGUCUUUCACCAGCCCUUAUCCAGGAAGUCACACGUAAGGUCAAUCUGGAAAACAUUUGGCAAGCGCUGUAUACCGCAGGCACUAUUUUGCCAUCACCUCUUUCUAUUACAAGAUAUUAUCACAGACCUCUCAACUGGACCAAACUUUAUGAGGUUGGCUUUUCAGCUCCACUUCCUAAUCAAACUCCGGCCCAGAUGGUGGCUCGUUACGCUCUUCCCGGUGAAACUACACUUAAGAAUCUGAGACCUAUGACACGUGAGGAUAUUCCUCAGGUCUCUGAGCUUUUGCACGAGUACCUGAAGCGUUUUGAUUUAGCCCCAGAGUUCCAAUCCGAAGCCGAGCUGGCCCAUUGGCUACUGGGUCCUGAGGAUGCUCUUUUCCCUGUGGAGAAUCCUGAGAAGAAGCCUGUUCAUGCCUAUGUUGUGACUGAGGACGAUGACAAGACUGUUACAGACUUUUUCUCCUUUUACUCUAUCCCUACCACUGUACUUGGAGUCCCAGGUCACGACAAUAUCAACAUUGCAUACAGUUUCUAUUAUGCCACUAAUGUUGCGCGUGAUGUACCUGCCACAGACCGUACACCAGAGAACCAAAAACCUCUUGUGUCAAGACUCAAGAAGCUUCAACAGAACGCUCUCAUUCUGUCCAAGCAACUGGGCCAUGAUGUUUACAAUGCAGUGACAUGCAUGGACAAUCCACUUUUUUUCGAGGACCUCAAGUUCUCCAUCGGCACAGGCAUUCUUAAUUACUAUUUGUUCAACUACCGCGCAUACCCGGUUCCUGGUGGAAUGAGAAAGCAGUUUUUGGAAGCGCCUGCCAAUGGCGGUGUUGGAACCAUUAUGCUGUAG